AUGAGGGAGGAUCACUUGAAUGAUCCAGCACCCUCCAACGCAUCAAGUGGCCUACGGGCUGGAUCGGCAUUGGAGGUAAUUCACGCGUGGAUCGAGGCGCCUGUCUCCACCGGCACCGCCAUCGCCACCGCCACGACCAGCUCAUGGUGUCUCCCAAGCGACGCUCCCAAGUACGAGUACUGCUCGCCUCCGCUGCCUCCACAGGGAGGAUUUGCGCGGGCACCUCCCAAUCCCUACCACGUCUCCUUCGCUCCGGUCUCCAUGCAAGACUCAGAGCAUCACAGUCUCUCCAGUGGUGCUCACACGGAAGAAAACCUCUCCCACAUUGAUGGCACGUGUGCUCUCCUCCCCCUUAAGACGAAGGCUCACCUUCAGCAGUCGGCUGCCGUCGAAGUCUUUGAAGGUGCGGGUUAG